UUGGCGUCCACGUCUUGAAGCGAGGAGGACAAAUGCGAAAAUGCGAGAAGAAAUCCAGGAAGAGGCGAGCGAGUGCUUAUUAAAAAUUCAGCGCGGGAGAACAGACGUUAUUACCCGUUCGGAGGACUUGUGGCAGCACCGAGGAUAAACUCCACUUCUAACGGGCUAAAGCGUUGUUGAAUGGGGUGAAACGAAGCGGAUUUUUUCCCUCCUAAAGAUAGCAAGUCCAGGAAGAAAAAAAUAAAAAAAAUCCAAGCGGUCGAAACCCAAAAGGAAAGGGGAGUAAAAAGGGGGCAAAGAAAACGCCCUGCUUUGCAGCCUGUUGCUGGUAAAUUCAAACUUUAUCGCCAAGUUUAAAAAAUGCAUCUUCCACUUAACGAGAGGUGAUAGUUCAAGUCGUCAUUCCUAGCUUAAACCCGGGCGGGUUUGCUAACUGACGGCCCCCUCUCACUUGGCAAGUUUUAUGUUUUUGGAAGCAUUGGGAAUAUUUUCUCCGCGUUGUGCACACCAUUCCUGUUGGAAGCGAUUUGGGUGGGCUGGGAGCCCAAAGGCUGCCCCGCCAGGCCUGCGGCCAUUAGCCAGGAACAAAGAGGGUUCACAUGUAAACUCAAACAGUUUGGAAAAGCCUCUUCAUUAGUUUUUAAAACCCAACUUUUAACCACCAACGACGGCGCAGUCAUGUCGCUGGGCGCCGAGAGGAGGAUGGAAACCCGGCUGAAGAAGCUGGAGGACAUGAUCAGAGACCCCAGAUCUGCCAUAAACCUGGAAAGUUUACUGGACUCCAUGAACGCGCUGGUCUUAGACUUGGGCUACCCUGCACUACGAAAGAACAAAAACAUUGAGACCUUCUUAAACAGAUAUGAGAAAGUCAUUGGCCAGAUUCGAGAUCUGCAGAUGAAGUCUGAAGACUUUGACAGAGUUAAAGUGAUUGGCCGAGGAGCAUUUGGUGAAGUGCAACUGGUCAGACAUAAAGCCUCACAGAAGGUCUACGCCAUGAAGCUGCUCAGCAAAUUUGAGAUGAUAAAGCGCUCAGACUCAGCAUUCUUCUGGGAAGAGAGAGAUAUCAUGGCUUUUUCCAACAGUCCCUGGGUUGUGCAGUUGUGCUCUGCCUUCCAAGAUGACCACUACCUCUACAUGGUGAUGGAGUACAUGCCAGGAGGCGACCUGGUUAACCUCACCAGCACCUAUGAUGUACCGGAGAAGUGGGCCAAGUUCUACACAGCGGAGGUGGUGAUGGCCCUGGACGCCAUUCACUCCAUGGGCUUCAUUCACCGCGACGUGAAGCCAGACAACAUGCUGCUGGACAGACUCGGACACCUGAAGCUGGCUGACUUUGGCACUUGCAUGAAAAUGGACUCGACCGGCAUGGUGCACUGUGACACAGCUGUUGGGACUCCAGACUACAUCUCGCCAGAAGUGCUAAAAUCCCAGGGAGGUGAUGGCUAUUAUGGGAGAGAAUGUGACUGGUGGUCCGUAGGGGUCUUCAUUUACGAGUUGCUCGUCGGUGACACGCCGUUCUACGCCGACUCUUUGGUGGGAACGUACAGUAAAAUCAUGGACCACAAGAACUCCCUCAAUUUUCCAGAUGAUGUGGAGAUCUCCAACAAUGCCAAGAAUAUCAUCUGCGCCUUCCUGACUGACAGGGAGGUGCGAUUAGGCAGAAACGGCGUGGAGGAAAUCAAGCGACAUCCUUUCUUCAAAAAUGACCAGUGGACCUUUGACACCAUCAGAGACACGGUUGCCCCUGUGGUCCCAGAGCUGAGCAGUGACAUAGACACCAGCAACUUUGAUGAGAUAGAAGACGACAAAGGCGAUGUAGAAACCUUCCCCACACCUAAGGCAUUUGUCGGCAAUCAGUUACCCUUUGUUGGCUUCACCUACUUCAAAGAAGACCAGUUAUUAAAUGCUUCCAACAACUCAGUGGCUCAUGAGAAUUCAAAAGGGGAGUCAGCAGCACUGCAGAAGAAACUUCGCCACCUAGAGAUGCAGAUGAAUAAUGACAAGCAAGUCAAAGAUGAUCUAGAGCAAAAAUACAGGGCCGCCACCGCUCGUCUGGAAAAACUCUCCAAAGAACUUGAGGAAGAGGUGAGCAGCAGAAAGAACCUGGAGUCGAGUCUGAGGCAGCUGGAGAGGGAGAAGGCUCUGCUGCAGCACAAAAGCCUGGAGAGCCACCGCAAGGCUGAGAGCGAGGCCGACAGGAAGCGCUGUCUGGAGAACGAAGUCAACAGCCUCAGAGACCAGCUGGAUGACAUGAAGAAGCGAAACCAAAACUCACACAUUUCCAAUGAGAAGAACAUUCACCUCCAGAAACAGCUGGAAGAAGCCAACACGUUGUUGCGGGCCGAGACGGAGGCGGCGACGAGGCUCCGCAAAGCCCAAACUGAGAGCAGCAAGCAGCUGCAGCAGCUGGAGGCCAACGUGCGCGAGCUGCAGGACAAAUGCUGCCUGCUGGAGCGCAGCAAGCUGAGUCUGGAGAAGGAAUGCAUCAGCCUGCAGGCUGCGCUAGAGACGGAGAGGAGGGAGCACAGCCAGGGCUCGGAAACCAUCACUGACCUGAUGGGACGCAUUUCUGGCCUGGAAGUGGAGGCCCGUCAGCAGAAACAGGCUUUAUCCAAAGCUGAGACUGAGAAGAGGCAGCUUCAAGAGAAACUCACUGAUCUGGAGAAGGAGAAGAGCAACAAAGAGAUCGAUUUGACCUACAAGCUGAAGGUGCUGCAGCAGGAGCUGGAACAGGAGGAGGCCUCUCAUAAGGCCACCAGAGCAAUGCUGGCAGACAAGAGCAAGAUCAAGGUCACCAUCGAGGGCGCCAAGUCAGAGUCCAUGAAGGAGUUGGAGCAGAAGCUGGCAGAGGAGCGAGCUGCCAAGCUGCGGCUGGAGAACAGAAUACUGGAGAUGGAGAAGCAGAGCAGCAUGAUGGACUGUGACAACAAACAGGCCCUGCAGAAGCUAGACGAGCUGCGCAGACACAAGGAUCACCUUACUGAGGAGGUGAAGAACCUGACACUGAAGAUCGAGCAGGAGACCCAGAAGCGUAACCUGACUCAGAACGACCUGAAGGCUCAAAACCAGCAGCUCAGUGCUCUGAAAACCUCCGAGAAGCAGCUCAAGCAGGAAACGAAUCACCUGCUGGAUAUUAAGCGCAGCUUGGAGAAGCAGAACCAGGAGCUGCGCAAAGAAAGACAGGACACAGAUGGACAAAUGAAGGAGUUACAAGACCAGUUAGAGGCUGAGCAGUAUUUCUCAGUAAGUCUGAUAUCUGAUCACAGAUGUGGAUGGAAAAUGAAGCUUUUUAUUCCUCUCAGGGACUCUUUGGCAGCACAGCUGGAGAUCACUCUGACAAAGGCUGACUCAGAGCAGCUGGCGCGCUCCAUCGCUGAGGAGCAGUACUCCGACCUCGAGAAGGAGAAGAUAAUGAAGGAGCUGGAACUGAAGGAGAUGAUGGCUCGCCAUCGCCAGGAGCUCUCCGAGAAGGACAUCACCAUCAGCUCUCUGGAAGAAGCUAAUAGGACCCUGACGAGUGAUGUCGCCAAUCUGGCCAAUGAGAAGGAGGAACUGAACAACAAACUGAAGGAGGCAAUAGAGGAAACUGAGAAGUCGAAGGACUGGGAGCAGCAGAUAAGCCAGAUGAAGCAGGCGUUUGAGAAGCAGCUGCAGUCCGAGAGGACGCUAAAAACCCAGGCCGUCAAUAAGCUGGCAGAGAUCAUGAACAGGAAGGAAGUGCGUGGCGGAGGCAGCCGGCGCGGUAACGACACAGACAUGCGGCGAAAGGAGAAGGAGAACAGGAAGCUGCAGCUUGAGCUCAGGUCAGAGAAGGAAAAGCUGAACAGCACCAUCAUCAAAUAUCAGAAGGAGAUCAACGAAAUGCAAGCACAACUGGCGGAUGAGAGCCAGAUGCGCAUCGAGCUGCAGAUGGCUCUGGACAGUAAGGACAGUGACAUUGAGCAGCUGAGAAAUCUCCUGCAGACGCUCAGUGUUCAGUCGAUGGACUCUGCCAGCGUCAGCAGCGGGCCCGAGUUUGAUGCUGACGAUGCGUACACAGAAAUGAGGCUCGAGGGCUGGCUGUCUCUCCCCGUCAGAAACAAUACCAAGAAGUUUGGAUGGGAGAGAAAGUACGUUGUAGUAAGCAGCAAGAAGAUUCUUUUCUACAACAGCGAGCAAGACAAAGAGCAGUCCAUCCCCAACAUGGUGCUCGAUAUAGAUAAACUCUUCCAUGUGAGACCUGUUACUCAGACAGAUGUGUAUCGAGCUGACUCCAAAGAAAUUCCCAGGAUAUUCCAGAUUCUUUACGCCAAUGAAGGUGAAAGCAAAAAGGAGCCAGAGUUUCCCGUGGAGCCACAUCCCAUUGGAGAAAAGUCCAAUUACGUCUGCCACAAAGGCCACGAGUUCAUUCCCACCCUCUACCACUUCCCCACCAACUGUGAGGCGUGCACAAAGCCACUGUGGAACAUGUUCAAGCCGCCGCCUGCUCUGGAGUGCCGGCGCUGCCACAUCAAGUGCCACAAGGACCACAUGGACAAGAAGGAGGAGAUUAUCGCCCCCUGUAAAGUGAACUACGACAUUUCUACAGCCAAGAACCUGCUCCUGCUCGCCGUGUCCCAGGAGGAGCAGCAGAAGUGGGUGAGCCGGUUGGUCAAGAAGAUUCCCAAAAAGCCUCCACACCCAGAACAGUUCGCGCGCUCCUCACCGCGGACCUCCAUGAAGGUUCAACCCAGCCAGUCCAUGAGGAGGCCCAGUCGACAGCUCCCCACCAGCAAGAGCAGUUAACCUUGCCCGGGAGUGUGGUGCAUCGACGAGGUGGUGGGAAGAGUUUCUUCCUAAAUCAAAGACUAUACAAAGCUCCGUUUGCAGAUCAGCACACUGGACUGGUUUCUCCACCGCUCACUCCACCCUGUCCCGUUUCAGCCUGCGAGAGUUACCAAGUCUGGCGUUUUCCAUUUUUAUUCAGCUUGUUUCCAAGCCACUUAGCAAGCUCACCUCAGCAUCUGACGGCUUUACAGCAAGCUGGGCGUCUCAUAAACAUAUAACCCAAGUCCUCUCCUGGGUCCUUGGCGAGAGCACUUGUGCAGCUCUUGGAUGCUGGAGUAGCUUGUUCGGCUCCCACACAAUGGAGGAUAGCUCUUAUGAGCCCGACCAAGGCUGACAAGAACAGGGGAACACUUACCUUAACAGAUCUCUCCAGGACACUGUCUGAUUGAAGCAGCCAGCAGGAAACCUCCUCUACACCACCUUUGAGGAUUCUCAUGGCCAAAAGAUUUUAAAAAAAGACAAUCUUGUGUUUAACGAUUGUGAACAAUAUGAAGGGUUUAAUGGGGGAACACUACACUCAGAAGAGUCUGUAUUUUUGUUGGCUUAUGGUGUCUGUACUUUCAAACUCUUUAACAUCAUUGUAGCUUCUUGCUUUUCACAGCUCUGCUUUCAGGUGCGUGUCCAUGGGGAAUCUUGAAUAAGGUACUUAGGAACCAAAUGAGCUGUGACUUCACGGAAAGUCAUUAAGGCAGCAAAUGAAGCCCAGCUUCCUCUCGGAUAUGAGCAAAUAAUUCUCCGAGUGCCUCUUAUUCAGAUUUCUGACUCAUGCACACGCUGAAUCAUGGGUUUGACGUCAAACGACUACAAAGGGAACAGAAUCCUGCUUGAAAUGGCAUUAGAUUAAGACAUGAAGUCCUCACGAUUCCCAUAAUCUCUGCAAACCUGCACUGUCAGUUCUGAGGGUUAAUGUUUACUGAAUUCAAAGGGGUGCACCGUUAAUGCUUUCUGAUCCGAGCUCGGCUCCUUCUGUUGUUUUUGAAUGUACAUCUGGGCUUCACCAGAGACGACACACAGGCAUUGUAUUAUCCAAGUAUACUUGACUGAAGCCGCGCCUUUCAUCACAAACUACUCUGAGUGAACUUGCAUGCGUUUGCUUUUUCACCCACAUGCCUAGUCAUUUUUAGUCAGUACCAAAAGUGAAAAUGAGGGAAGUUAACCAAUAAGAAGCCGAAAUAAUGAAGGUAUCCAAUCAUAUCCUGAACCCAUGAGUGGAAAUACUGAGCAGCACUAUUCCAUUGAAGUUUUUUCUAAAAGUGUUUGUCCUUAUUUUUGUAUUAAAGGAAACCAAACUCUGAGUUUGGGCACAUUGUCGUAUGUAUGUGACUUAGUUAGCAGGUGGAGAGUAAACUGAGUGUGUGUGUGUGUGAGUGUGUAUGUGCACUCUCCUUUAACCAAGAAGCAUGUUUUAUACAUAUAAAUAUACACAGUAUAUAUUUUACAUGCCAUACAGUGCACAUUAUAUUAUUUAUACAGCCUUGUCCACUUUGUAUUUAAGGGCUCUACAUCCAGAUUGCAUGUUUGCUAUCAAACAGCUCUAUGAUAAUAACCACUUCAACAAUAAAGACAUGGAUGUGC